GACAACUAUUCUGUAGUUGUCAACCUCAAAAAACCGGUGUUUGGUGUUUUGAGAAUCGCUAAUUUCUUCAAAAAGUGUGAAAAUGGUGGUGCGGCAAUACAACCAGGAACUAGAAUACCUUGAGAAGAUUUCUCCUUACUGCUGGAGGAUUAAGAAGGGUUUCCAGCCUAAUAUGAACGUGGAGGGUGUCUUUUACGUCAACCAAACCCUCGAGAAACUCAUGUUGGAAGAAUUGCGUAAUGCUUGUCGUCCCGGGAUGGCGGGGGGCUUUCUGCCGGGAGUUAAACAAAUUGCAAACGUUGCUGCCCUACCCGGCAUUGUCGGAAAGUCUGUCGGUCUCCCAGAUGUCCACUCUGGAUACGGCUUUGCUAUAGGAAAUAUGGCAGCUUUUGAUGUAGAUAACCCUGAGUCUAUAGUGUCUCCAGGGGGCGUCGGUUUUGAUAUUAAUUGUGGUGUACGCUUACUACGCACGAAUCUCUUUGAAAAAGACGUUCUACCGGUUAAAGAACAACUGGCCCAGAGCUUGUUUGAUCACAUUCCCGUGGGGGUGGGUUCUAAGGGGAUUAUUCCAAUGAAUGCCAAGGACUUGGAGGAGGCUUUGGAGAUGGGGAUGGACUGGUCGUUACGUGAAGGGUACAUCUGGGCUGAAGACAAGGAACAUUGUGAGGAGUAUGGCCGGAUGCUCAAUGCGGAUCCGUCUAAAGUGAGCAUGAGGGCCAAAAAACGGGGCCUUCCACAGCUUGGCACUCUUGGGGCCGGCAACCACUACGCCGAGAUACAAGUCGUGGACGAGAUUUACGAUAAAUGGGCGGCUUGUAAAAUGGGCAUCGAAGAAAAAGGCCAAGUUUGUGUCAUGAUACACUCCGGUAGUCGCGGAUUCGGCCACCAAGUCGCCACCGAUGCCUUAGUCCAGAUGGAGAAAGCCAUGAAACGUGACAAAAUCGAAACAAAUGACCGUCAACUCGCCUGCGCUCGGAUUGGCUCUCAAGAAGGCCAAGACUACUUGAAAUCCAUGGCGGCUGCAGCGAAUUUCGCGUGGGUCAACCGCAGUUCCAUGACUUUUCUCACCCGACAAGCCUUUGCUAAACAAUUCAAUAUGGCCCCCGAUGACUUAGACAUGCAUGUGAUUUACGACGUGUCUCACAACAUUGCUAAAAUUGAGGAACAUAUCGUUGAUGGCAAACAAAAGACACUUUUGGUGCAUAGGAAAGGCUCAACUCGAGCGUUUCCGCCUCACCACCCCUUGAUUCCCGUUGACUAUCAGUUGACGGGUCAGCCGGUCUUGAUUGGGGGUACUAUGGGGACUUGCAGUUAUGUCUUGACUGGAACGCAGCAAGGCAUGUUGGAGACGUUUGGGUCUACGUGCCACGGAGCGGGACGAGCGUUAUCAAGAGCCAAGUCAAGGAGAAAUUUGGACUAUACCGACGUUUUGAAUAAGUUGGAGGAGAUGGGGAUCUCGAUUAGGGUUGCGUCACCGAAACUCGUGAUGGAGGAGGCGCCAGAGUCGUAUAAGAAUGUUACGGAUGUUGUGAAUACAUGUCACGCAGCCGGGAUUAGUAAGAAGUGUAUUAAGUUGAGGCCGAUUGCUGUUAUUAAAGGAUGAAGUAUUAAUUAAGCAGAAACUGGUAGUAAAAGGAAAAGGCGGCGAGGCCAGUGCAACAUUCCAAACUUACGUCGGCGGAUUGACGAUGUUGAAGAGUUCAACGGGCGACGUGGGCACCCUCCUCACGAUCAUCUUCUUGCCGUCGGUGGAGCCCAUGCCCACAGAGGCCCAAGAGCGCACCGACGCCGCGUCGGACAGCGGCUUCGAGAGGUGGCUGCCAGACUCGCUGCUAGUCUUCGCGAAGGUCAUCUCACCGACGUAGGCCGACCUCAGAGACCUCGUGCUGUUCUCGCGCCGGAAGCUCGGCGAGGGCGCUCUUUGGUUCGCUUCUUUAGCAUCGGUAUCACAGUGGCGGUCUUCGGGGUCCGUCUUGAGGCGCUUCGGGACGGCGCUUGCCUUCACGUCGUCCAUUUUGUGGGCUCUGCUCGCGUUGAACUGGAGAGUGGCGGCGGCUUUAGGCUCCAUUAUUGGAAGAUUGGGAGCAAUUUGGGCCUACACUGUCAUUACGACGGACGCACUUCAUGGUUUCAAAUGGGAGAGAGGCGAAUGGCGAAGCUGCUGAGGACUAGCGCUGCCGCGGCAAGACUGACAAUUCGGUUUGGAACGCCAAUCUCGGGUUCCCACUCUUGGUUAUUAUCGCGAUAUUUUAUUAAUAAAUAGGGAUUUUAGAGAUUUUUAAAAUUACGGUUCUUUGAAACUGCCGCUCAACUUCUAACUACUGGAAAUCUGUCUUUUUAUCACGUUUUUAAUCUAUUUUACAAACAAACUAAUAAUUGGAGUGUUUAGUAAUUCAAGUGAUUGUUUUCAAUCUAAUGUUAUCUACAUUGAUAAACUGGUUUUUUUCAAAUCAGAUUUAUUUGGCCUAAAAUUUCCACAAGUACACGCAUUUAGCAAAUAUAAACAGAAAAAAUAGACGUAAAGAAUUUUGGAAAAAUAAAACUGUUGCGCGGUUGGAUAGGCAACCAAACUUACUCCUACUAAUUUUCAAGAAUUAACAUUAUUAAUAUUUAUACCAGACUAUAUAAUUUAAAAACAUUUUUUUUCAAUGUUGUAAUACGAGUGUUUGCUAUUUACAUACAUGUA